UCUUCUCUGCCUCCUCUUCAUAGGUUCCUUAAAGCUGUGCUAUGAAUGGUGAUUCUGGUGUGGGGGUGGUGACUUCACCACCUCCAACAACAGCCCCUCAUAAAGAGAGGUAUUUUGAUCGAGUUGAUGAAAAUAAUCCGGAUUAUUUGAGAGAAAGGAAUAUGGCACCUGACCUUCGCCAGGAUUUUAACAUGAUGGAACAGAAGAAGAGAGUCUCCAUGAUUCUUCAAAGCCCAGCUUUUUGUGAAGAACUGGAAUCUAUGAUUCAGGAACAAUUUAAGAAGGGGAAGAACCCAACAGGUUUAUUGGCUUUGCAGCAGAUUGCAGAUUUCAUGACAACGAACGUACCCAAUGUCUACCCUGCAGCACCACAAGGCGGAAUGGCUGCGUUGAACAUGAGUCUUGGCAUGGUGACACCAGUGAAUGAUCUUAGAGGAUCAGAUUCCAUUGCUUAUGAAAAAGGAGAGAAGUUGUUACGAUGUAAAUUGGCAGCUUUCUACAGAUUAGCAGAUCUCUUUGGCUGGUCUCAGCUUAUUUACAAUCAUAUAACAGCCAGAGUAAAUUCUGAGCAGGAGCACUUCCUCAUUGUACCUUUUGGACUCCUCUAUAGUGAAGUUACUGCAUCUAGUCUGGUUAAAAUCAAUAUUCAGGGAGAUGUAGUUGAUCGUGGAAGCACUAACUUGGGAGUAAACCAAGCUGGUUUUACUUUGCACUCUGCAAUUUACGCAGCUCGACCUGAUGUUAAAUGUAUUGUUCAUAUUCAUACGCCAGCAGGGGCAGCGGUUUCUGCAAUGAAGUGUGGUCUCUUGCCAAUUUCACCUGAAGCACUUUCGCUGGGGGAAGUAGCUUAUCAUGACUACCAUGGUAUUUUAGUGGAUGAUGAAGAAAAGGUGGUUAUCCAGAAAAAUUUGGGACCUAAAAGCAAGGUCCUUAUUCUCAGAAACCAUGGCCUAGUAUCAGUUGGAGAGACUGUUGAGGAGGCUUUCUACUAUAUUCAUAAUCUAGUGCUUGCCUGUGAGAUUCAAGUACGUACCCUGGCCAGUGCAGGUGGACCUGACAAUUUAGUGCUUUUAGAUCCUGGAAAGUAUAAAGCCAAGUCUCGUUCCCCUGAGUCUCCAGCAGGUGAGGGUACUGUAUCCCAUCCAAAAUGGCAGAUUGGAGAACAGGAAUUUGAAGCUCUUAUGCGAAUGCUUGAUAAUCUGGGUUACAGAACCGGCUACCCGUAUCGAUGCCCUGCUCUGCGAGAGAAAUCUAAAAAGUACAGCGAUGUUGAGAUUCCAGCUAGUGUCACAGGUUACUCCUUCACUAGUGAUGGUGAAUCAGGCACUUGCUCCCCCCUCAGACACAGUUUUCAGAAACAGCAACGAGAGAAGACAAGGUGGCUGAACUCUGGCCGAGGGGAUGAUGCUUCUGAAGAAGGGCAGAAUGGCAGCAGUCCCAAGUCGAAGACUAAGGUGUGGACGAACAUUACACACGAUCACGUGAAACCCUUGCUGCAGUCUCUCUCGUCCGGUGUCUGCGUGCCAAGCUGUAUUACCAACUGCUUGUGGACUAAAGAGGAUGGACAUAGAACUGCCACCUCUGCUGUCCCUAACCUGUUUGUUCCGUUGAACACCAAUCCAAAGGAGGUCCAAGAAAUGAGGAACAAGAUCCGAGAGCAAAACUUGCAAGAUAUUAAAACCGCAGGCCCUCAGUCGCAGGUUCUUUCUGGGGUAGUUGUGGACAGGAGUCUUGUACAGGAUGCUCCCCUGUCAGACUGUACGGAAUCUAUUGAAGGGCUCGAUCCCACAGAGCAGGCCUUUAGUCCUGCUAAAUCUCUGUCUUUUAGAAAGGGAGAACUGGUGACUGCAUCAAAGGCAAUAAUUGAGAAAGAAUAUCAACCCAAAGUCAUAGUGAGCACAACAGGACCAAAUCCCUUCAAUAAACUCACUGAUCGAGAACUGGAAGAAUAUCGCAAAGAAGUAGAAAGAAAGCAGAAGGGACCAGAUGAGCCUUCAGAAGAUGGCAGGCAACAGAAGGAGAGAAGUCCCCCUGAUCACACUUCAGCUCGCACUCCUCCCAGUACGCCGAUUAAAAUAGAGGAAGAGACACAGCAGGACCAGACUUACAAAGAUGACAGUGACGCUGCAACUUUCAAGCAAACCCUCCCAGAUCUCACCCCUGAUGAGCCUUCAGAAGCACUCAGCUUCCCUCCCUUAGGAAAGGAGGAAGGGAGAUGUGACGAAGAUGUGCCCAAAAGCCAAACGGAAUCACCUGCAGUGGAAAAUAAGGAACCUCAGUCUCAACCUGCUGAAGAGCCAGUAACGCCAACGGCUGAGGAGGGGACGGCAGCUGAUGCAGGUAGUGAUGAAUCUCCAGGGAAGUCCCCAUCGAAAAAGAAAAAGAAGUUCCGCACUCCUUCCUUCCUGAAGAAGAGCAAAAAGAAGAGUGACUCCUAAAGGCCAAACACACUGCAGAAACACUGUCAUGUUUUAAAAUUCAUUAACCACUAGAAUGUACCAGAUCGUACUGAGUGUUUUGUCUUAUUACGUAACUGAAUGCAGCAAGUAAUCCAACCAGCCCCUCCAGUGACGGCUUGAUUCUUUAAGGUUAUAACCAGAAACUAAUGUCCAAAAGGGUGCUAAUCUGGUGUUUCCAGCAGCUGCCACAGAUCUGAUCCCUAAUUUGUAAUCAAGUGUAAAUGACUUCCAUGUGGAAGGCAUCGAACCCCUAUUUUUAAUUUAAAGCCUGCACUGCUUCACAAAAGAAUUAAAAAAAAAAAAUCACAAUUAAAAAUAAACCACACAUUGCUUACCA